AUGUUUGAUCCACACGUAUUAGAUGUUCCAGCUGUGAUUUUAGACAAUGGUUCUGGAGUCUGCAAAGCAGGCCUGUCUGGAGAGCUUGAACCCCGUCAUGUCAUCAACACUGUCGUGGGUCAUCCUAAAUUCAACAUGCCAUCAGGAAGAGCCAAUCCAAACAAGUACUAUGUGGGGGAAAAAGCCUUGCACAGGCAUGAGGCAUUAUAUUUGCAGUACCCCAUUGAGCGUGGAUUGAUAACGCAUUGGGAUGACAUGGAGAAGCUCUGGGAGCAUAUUUUUGAGUGGGAGCUGGGGGUAAAACCCUGCCAACAGCCUGUGAUCAUGACUGAGCCCUCCUUGAAUCUAUUGGCAAUUCGGGAAAAGACUGCAGAAAUGAUGUUUGAGAACUUCAAUGUGCCUGCUUUUUACCUGUCCAACCAUGCAGUGGUAGCACUCUAUGCCUCUGCUUGUGUCACAGGCCUGGUGGUGGACAGUGGGGAUGGGGUCACUUGCACUGUCCCCAUCUUUGAGGGUUACUGCCUGCAUCAUGCAGUCACCAAGCUCCGUGUGGCAGGGAGGGACAUCACAGAGCACCUCACCGAGCUCCUCUUUGCUAGUGGAUGUAUCUUCACUGGCACACUAGACCAGGCCUUGGUGGAUGACAUCAAAAAGAAGCUAUGCUAUGUUGCCUUGGAGCCAGAAAAAGAGCUAUGCAAGAAGCCUGAAGAGGUCCUGAGGGAAUACAGACUGCCAGACGGUAAUGUCAUACAAAUUGGGAAAGAGCUGUAUCAGGUGCCUGAGGUUCUUUUUGCUCCCGACCAGCUGGGCAUGCACAAUCCAGGACUCUCAAAAAUGGUCUUUAGCAGCAUCAUGAAGUGUGACAGCGACAUCCAGAAGAAACUUUUUGCAGAGAUUGUGCUGUCUGGGGGCACCACUCUCUUCCCUGGGCUGGAGGAAAGGCUCAUGAAAGAAAUUGAACAGCUGGCUUUCAGAGGGACCCCCAUCAAGAUCAAGGCUUCUCCUGACAGAUGUUUCUCUGCCUGGAUUGGUGCAUCCGUCAUGACCGCUCUGAGCACUUUCAAGCAGAUGUGGGUCACCUCAGAAGAUUUCAAGGAGUUUGGGGCAUCUGUGGUUCAUAGAAGAUGCUUUUAA